CCGAGCCGCCCGGCCAUGCUGCGGCCGGAGCCCCUGUGCCUCCUCCUCAUCCUCCUCCUCCUCCUGCUGCAGCUGCUACACGGCGGCAGGGCCGCCACCCCGACCCCCACCCCGGCCCAGCUCAAUGUCACCGAGGCGCCGCGGGCGACUGCCGGUAACGGGACGCAGCCAAGGCCGGGGCCGCUGCCUGGGUUGGGGCUGCCGGUGCUGAAGCGGGCCCUGUACGUGCUCAGCGCCCUGUCCGCGCUGGCUGCGCUCUACUUCCUCCUGCGGGCGGUCCGCUCUAGACCAAAGGGACCCAGGGAGCUCAAAACUAAUUUCAGGUUGAAGAAGCCGCAGCGGAAGAAAUACGGCCUCCUGUCGAAUUACGAUGAGAACAUCGAGAUGGCUUCGCUCGACAGUGACGAGGACACAGUGUUUGAAACACGGAACCUGAGGCGGUAA